UUUUUUAAUAUAGUAAGAGUAUUUCUUGUAUAUGUUUCUAAUACGAAGAACUCUGGAAGAGCCACCACUGACUUUUCUUAGGUGUCUCUAUAGCAUUCUUUGUAUGUUUUGAGCACAACCUCCUGAAUUCUGCCUUUUUUUAAUUCCUCAGUAAUAGAACUAGGUAACACCAGAUUUUGAAUAAAGAUGCUGUAUCUCAAAGCUUAUCAUUAGACUGUGGGUGUGUAGAUACGCACACAAAAUGUGGGUGUGGCAGCUGAUCACUGUAAUUGUUUGAAGCAAUAUAAGUCAAAGUUACUAACUUUCUUUUAUUGCGAACUAACUCGUACCUGGCUGCCGCAAUGCUGGUGAUGCUGUGGCACAACAGGUACCAUGCAAUUUUUGUGUCCUACCUGCAACUUCCUACGUUAGUUUAGGACUUUUAAAACCCCUUUCUAGUCACCUAACUUUUUAUUCUUUCUUUUGUGAUAAUGUUAUUUCAGUAAUCCUUGCCAUUGUUGAUUUCCUAACUAGAGGAAUAUUCGAAUAUUAAAGUCACUGAGAGAAAAGAACUACCUUUAAGACCUUUAUAUAUGAUGAUUAGUCUAGAAAAAUUAUACAGGCCUACUAAAAUGAUUCCUUACCUUUUAAUUGUUUUUCCAUGCACAAAUAAUGUUGGUCAAAUUACCUGUUUUGGGUAAUUAGGGGAUGUGGGGGGUGUGUAUUGUUGUUUGUUUGCUUUUGUUAAGAGGACUUAAAACUUUGAAGAACAUGUAUGUCGUAUUUGAAAAAUCUAUUGCUUCACAAGCAACCUGUCAACCUUAACAUGUUUUUAACUCUUCCUCUGAUUUGAAUUCUUAUAUAGCUAGUGUAAACCUGGUGGUUUAGGUGGAGUUAAAUCUUCAUAGUUGCAGGUCUCUAGAGAUGUUAACAUAAUCUUAUCUAUAAAUGCCUGAAUAAUAAUAUAAUAAAUUAUUGUGCUUAUUAAAAUGCUUGUAAUAGAAUUCUCAGAUACAGUUCAUGCAAUGUGUGAUGAGCUUUGGUAAAGUCUUGUGAGAUGCUGAGAAAACCUUGGAGAAUAGGUAUCUUCAGCUAAUGUUGAAAUUGCUGAAAGCCCAAAUCUCAAUCUUCAAAAACUGUCUUUUAGAUGCUGGUACUUUUUUGUUGAAAUUGAGGGCAACUUGUAUGGGAGCUACAUUGGGAUGUUUGUAUUCCAUUUGACAGUUUCCCUGUCUACAGUGUAUACUUCACAUUUUUUUAAUUUGUCUUUUUUUAACCUAAGUGUGCAUGGCUUAGAAUACACUGUAUAGCAUCUGUUCUGCUAAAUAAGCACUUCUGUAUAUUUUUGUAUGGUGUGCUAAUCUGGUUGCAUUAGUACAAAUGGCUGUAAUUCACAAAAAGUGCCAUUUACCAGUCAUACUCUGUAGUGUUGUGAAUGUUACCCCUACUUCUGUUGUACAAAUGUGCUAAUGAGUGUCGUGAUGAAUGUUUGCCUUUAGUCUUUGCUCAGGUACUCAUGUGGAGCAGUUUGGUGCUUUCCCUUCUAAUUUGUAAUACUUGGGAUUCUAAGCAGAAAAUAAAAACAGUGAACAAAGACAUUGUGAUGAGAGCACAUUACUUUAUGUAACAGACACUUUUUUUUCACAUCUUGAGUAGAAUACAAUAAAGAUGGCACCUUAUGAAGCUUGUCUCAAUAUCUUAUCUCAUGCACCUGAGGCUGUUAUACCUGCCUUGUCAUCAUGAAUGGGAAAUGCAAUACAAUGGAAGAUGUUUGGUGAAUACUACAGUUUAUAUAGAACAUUAUAUGUAUAAAACUUGCUCUACAGCUAAACUGAUUAGUUUUAAGUUUGCCUUUUGUUCUAGAACAAGGUUUUUACCUUUCUAAAGUAACUUGCAUGAAACUGAAGAAGCAAAGCUGUGAGCAUUUUCAGCUUCCGUGCAGUUUAAUUCAAAUAUACAGGAAUAUUACUGUGCCAUAAGGGCUGUGUAAUUAGUAUAGCCACUUUCAAAAGAUUAGAUUUACUGAAGAUGUGUGUCUAUAUACAUAAUUUGUCAAGGAAAAGCUAGUACUUAAAUUUGGCUGCAUUCAAAAGGCAACACACAAGCAUCUGGCUUGGAAAGCAUUUGCUAAACUCGAUACUGUUCUCAAAGGAGGAUGCAAUUUUGUCUAAUCAGUGUAGCUAUACUAAUAGCAUUUUAAUAUGAAUGUGUUCCACUUACAUUUGACUUCCACUGAAGGAAAGAGCUGUAAUGCAAUUCUUUUAAACAAACAAAACAACCAAAAAACUUUGGCAAAAAAAACUAACCUUACCAAAAACCCACAUUAAAAUGAGUACUAAGUCUGAACAGACUUUGGCUCAAUUUCUCAAACCCUUGUAGCUCAGAAAGCAGCAAUGUAGGGGUUUUUUUAAGACAGCUCACAGAAAAUACAUGCUAAUUCAAUCUCUUGCAUAUCUGCGUACUUCAUUAGUCAACCAAACUGCCUAAAUUCUGUUGGGGGUAACGUAAUAGUCCAAUUGUUUCAAAUUUACAGAUGGCUUUGCUAUGUUUUACUGGCUGAAUAUACUGCAUAUCCCCCAGGUUUUUCUUUCUGAAUAAAUCAAAUGAAUAAAAUAAUUGAGGGGGAGGAGGGAGAAGAAGAUGGAAGAAAACCGCUUGUUGUUCUGGCUGUAUUUUUUUUUUUUUUUCCUCUAGAGGAACAUAUUCUUACUUCUGGUUGAUUUAGAAGGUCAAUUGUACACAAAAUUAAACUGGAAAUAAGUACCUACCUAGAAGAUACACAAAGAAAGUUCCCUUACAUUGGGGCCUGCCUUUUUACAAGCUCUUCUGUUGCUACUGCUGUUCUGGUUCUUGAUGAGUCUGCUACCUGGACGUUUUCUAUUAUGAAUAGUUAAUUUAUGGAUUUUGAUGGAUUUUUAUUUUUUGAUGAGGUUUUUUUUUUAUUCCACAUCUAGAAAACUAUACAAGCUGAAUAAGUUGAUUUGUAUUUGUUACUGCAGUCAUUAAAAUAACACUGCUAGGAUUUUGUUACCUGUGUUACUAACGGCGUUUGGAUAUCCACAGUUUAGUCUGCCUGGAAGGGGUGGUGUUAGGUUUUUGGUUUGCUUUCAAAUUUUAAACCAAAGAAAGAUGUAAAGCUUCUAGUCAGAAACAAACAUCUAUAUUCUGGAGUAAGAUAAUGGCCAAAGAUCUCUAGUUUUAACAUGUCUAUUUAGAGACAUAUUUUUAUGUGAUACUAACUAAAGUGUCGUCUAAGUAGCAGAGAGAAGAGUAUAAUGAAAUUAUAAGCAAAAAAUUCAAGCAGCUUUGAGAUGAAGGAUGCUAGGAAAUAAGGUGAAGGUAAAUUGGCAUAGUCCUCGUUGCAGUCUUUGUCUUAGUUUCUAGUCUGACAGGAGGAUAUUGACUGCCGAUAAAAUCAGGGUAGGAAAGCAACAAUUUCAUUAAAAUAAUUCGCCUUUGGAUCUUGAACAGACCUUACUUUUCUUUCUCCAGCUUCAAGAAAACGAUCCAUAUCUCAUCUUGCUUGAAAUCCACUCAACCAGCUGUAAUUAUCUUUUAGUCACCAUUCUAGAGACAUGGCUAAUUACUUUUAAUUAAAAGUAAUAUUUUGCUACAGCUCUGCUAUCUCUGCUGGGAAUUGUUUUAAACUUCUUAUAUGCUUACCACCAGUUUUCUGCACUAUGGUUUAGGGAGGAGGAAUUUGCACUGCACUUGUUCGAUAGCAACAGGUCUUAAGAGUAUUAAGGGUGAAAUUCUCGAGGGUCUUUAUGUCAUGGAUGGAAAUGGAAUCAUUACUGUAUUUUUGAACUCCUGCUAACGUCACUGACACCCACCUACAGUCCACUAGAAAUAUAAGUGCAGAGAUCAGUUCGUUCACAGAUUACAAGGAGACUAACCAAGAAGGGGCAAGCCAGAGCCAAAUUCACUGAUAGUCUGUUCAUCUCUUCAACAUGUGGAAGGUGGUGCUCCUGGGUCUAUACACAGUAUUGGCUGUGAGGGGAUUGGCGAAGGGUGCUCCUUUCCAACCAGAAGAAAAGUGGAAGCCUCUAGAUAACCCUAGAAACAGAGACCUGUUUUUCAGAACACUCCAGGCCUAUUUUUCGGGCAGGGGUCUUGAUCUCAGAAAGUUCCCAGCUACUUUCACUAUGAACAAUGAAGGACCAAGGCCUGUCACGUUCUACUCGGAUCCUAUUGCUUCUGCAUUUGCAGAUUAUGAAGAAAGGAGAAAUUCUUUUCCAAAUUAUUUCAAAGGCUGAAAGAUGCUGCUGACCAAGGCGUUAACUUUUGAACUUCAUGUGAAGUGGUAACCUUCUCAGCAAAAUAUUACUGCUUUGACUUUUUAACUGUUACCUGACAACUUAAAAGUUUUCCUCACUGUCACAGGUUUUACCUGUGGAAUCUGAUGCCAUGCUGUAAUUAGCACGUUUGCUGUCUAUUGGCAGAUGUUGUCAUGUUUGGCUGUUGCAGUUUGCCUGCCAGAACAGAAUCGUGUUUGUUUAAACGUUGAAUAAAUGACGAGUGCAACAGAGUGCUUUGAGCUACUGCUGCCUGCCUUUGUUCGGAAUUGGUAAAUAAAUGUUGCCUUUCAGUUAUUGGAGCUAAACAUCA